CCCAUUAUCUCCUCAAAUCCACCACAAUCACCACCAUUGAUUGAAACAUGCACCAAAUCAACAUGAUUCCUUUCCCCUCCUCCUUCUCCGAUGAUCAAUCCUUCUUCCAUUUCUGCACUCUCUCAAUCUUCAUCCUCUCUCUCCCCACAAUCUUCUUCCUCCAAUUCCUCCAAGCACCAUAUGGUAAACACCGCCGUCCAGGAUGGGGUCCAACCCUUUCUCCCCCACUAGCCUGGUUCUUAAUGGAAAGCCCAACCCUUUUCCUAACUCUCUUCAUCUUCCCCUUCGGCCGACACAAAUCAAACCCAAAAUCCCUUUUUCUAAUCACCCCAUUCCUUGUUCACUACAUCCACCGAACCUUAAUCUACCCAAUCCGUCUCAACCGCCUCCAAACCAACCCCACCACCGCCGGAGGGUUCCCCAUCACCGUCGCCGCCAUGGGUUUUCUCUUCAACUCUUUAAAUUCUUACCAACAAUCCAGAUGGGUAUCUCAUUAUGCUGAGUAUGAUACAGAUGGGUGGUUUUGGUGGAGGUUUUCCGGCGGGUUGGUGGUAUUUUUGAGUGGUAUGACGGUGAAUGUGACGUCAGACGCGGUUUUGUUGGGGCUGAGAGGGGAAAAGGAUAAGGGAGGUGGGUAUAAGAUAGCGAAAGGAGGUCUGUUUGAUUUGGUAAGUUGUCCUAAUUAUUUUGGUGAGGUUUUGGAAUGGUUGGGUUGGGCUUUUAUGAAUUGGUCAUGGGCUGGGCUUGCUUUUUUUGUUUAUACUUGUGCUAAUUUGGUACCUAGGGCUCAAGCCCAUCAUAGAUGGUAUUUGGAAAAAUUUGGAGAGGAUUAUCCUAAAGAGAGAAAAGCUGUUAUUCCAUACUUGUAUUGAAUAAUUAUUUAAAUUAGGUAUUAUAUUGGGUUGUUGAAUUAAAUUCAACCAUAUAUAAACACAAGUCUUUUUUCUUUUUUUUACUAUAAUGUCCAUCCCAUUUUGGGUUAGUUUGAUUUCAGCUUAGUGGAAGUAAUACUAUAUUUGUGUAAUGUUGUUAUAUUUUAUAUGAAGAGUUUUUUUUUUUUAAUGUAU